AUGGCACCGGGCUGGGAGCUGGGGCCUUCCCAGGGCUGGGAGCCCAGCCAGGCCCUGUGGCUCAGAAUGGUGGCCAGGGACCACGUAGGGGAGGGGGGAAUUGGAGAGGGCGUGAAACUCCAAAAGCCAGGAUUUGACAACGGGAACGUGGUGGGAACCAGGGCCUUCCCAGGAGUUGGAGCCCAGCCAGAGCGUGAAAGACCUUGUUUAUAUGUGAGAAACUCUUGGCUCCAGGACUCAGUGGGAGUCGGAGAAUGUGAGGAAGAGCAUUUCCAGGGCUGGGCUCGCCAGCGGCCAGCGUGGGGGCCGGGAGAAGUGGCGGCAUUGAAGGCCGCCAGGGAGUCUCAGAGCCAAAAGGCAGAGGGCAGCUGUGAGGGGGCUCCUGCCACAGGCUUUGGAGGGGGCGUGAAACCCCAGAAGCCAGGCCCCCCAGCUCAGAAUGGCUACCCAGCAGGCCUCCCAGCUCAGAAUGGCUACGGAGCAGGCUUUGGAGGAGGUGUGAAAACUCAGAAGCCAGGAUUUGGAAACGGGAAUGGGCUGGGAGCCCAGCCAGGCCAGGUAGCCCAGAACGGAUAUGGAGCAGGCUUUGGAGGGGGCAUGAAACCCCAGAAGCCAGGAUACGGUAAUGGAAAUGGACUGGGAGCCCGGCCAGGCUUUGGAGGCGGCGUGAAACCCCGGAAGCCAGGUUUCGGGAAUGGCAAUGGGCUGGGAGCCCAGCCAGGCCCCCCAGCUCAGAAUGGCUACCCCGCAGGCCCCCCAGCUCAGAACGGCUACCUCACAGGCUUCCCAGCUCAGAAUGGCUACGGAGCAGGCCCUCGGGUUCCUAUCAGUUACGCACCAGGCAUUGGUGAGGGCGUGAAGCCGCAAAAGCCAGUGUACAGCAAUGGGCUGGGAGCUGGAGCCUUCCCGGGCGAAAGGGCCCAGCCAGAAUCCCUGCUAGGGAGGGCGCUGCAGCUCCCACCAGGUCUGGGAGGGGGUGUGAAACCUCAGAAGCCAGGAUAUGGCAAUGGAAACGGGCUGGGGGCCCAGCCAGCACCGACUCCAGCCAUCCAGUGGGGACUGAAACCUCAGAAAGCAGGGUACCAGCCUCUGAAUGGCUAUGGACCAGGAGCAGAACUGGGCUUUGGUGGUGGCCUCAAGCCCCAGAAAGUCGGUUUUGGCUACAGGAAUGGUGGUCUGGGAGCUGGGGUCUUCCCCGAGGCCCGCCCACAGCCAGGGUUCCCUGGGGCCAAUGGCUUUAGGAAUGGGUAUGGGGAGGAAACGCUUGUGGACCCCAGAGCUGCAGCUCCAGCCCCUGAAGGAAACAGUCAGGCCGGGUCCCUGAGGGGCUCUCCCUGGCCCUCCCUCCAGCCCUGGGGGGCCGCCUUGAAGCCCGGAUAUGGGGCUGGAGGUGCAUAUCCUGGGGUCAGGAGCCAGCCAGGGCCCUACGGGCAGCUGAGACCAGAGCUGGGCUUCAGGCCUUUGGGGGGCCCCGAGGUGAAAAGAGACAGCAGUGGCCUGCUGAGAAAUGGCUACGGAGGCCGCUGCCCUCUUGGGAAAUGCUGAGCACUGGAGCCCAUCCACUGCCCAUCCUGAGCACCUCUGGGCAGAGCCUUGUGGGCCAGGCAAGGAUGGCCAGACCCUCGGGCUCGGCCUCUGGCCUGAGGUCUCCUGCGGGCUGAAGUAUUAAUAAAGGCAGUGCGCUUC